AUAUUCUCGCGAGAAUUUGAGAAGACGAUGUAAUGGAGGAAACACGUGUGGUGCAACUUACAAAUUAUUUAAUGCGCAUCUUUAAAAGUGUCACAUAGUUGCAAAGAUUAAAUCAAAGAGAGUGAGAACGUCACCGGUUGUAGGAAGAUUUACUUCGGUAAAUAUUCUUUUCAUAACGUAUUUGCUUUUAUGUAAAGCUGAAAGCUAACCGACCUUGGCCAAUGAAAACCAAAACAAACGCUGAAAGUCGAUGGCGACCUAAGGAAUAUUGAAAAGUUCCAGAAUGCCUAACUUCAGAGGAAUUCUAACCUUUGCCCUACCAGCGGUUACUGUUGUGUUUGGCUUCAUUUGGUAUUUUGGUAGGAAAAAGACUCCAAAACCAAAACUAUUACCUAAGGAAGAGACAACAACAGAAUUGACAGAAAAAAGUUCUGUGACUGUACCGAGUGGAGCAGAGUUGUUACAAAAAACGAAGGAAGUAGAGUACUUGAAUGAUUCUUCUGUAAAUAAAAAGGAAAAAGAUGUGGUGGAAAAAGCAAAUGACAAGAUUUGUGUUACAGAAUCACCAGUGGGCAGGAGGAAAAGGAAGGCUUUCCAGAUCACGAGGACUGAUGAUACUGAGGUAUCUGAUGGGCCGGACUCGGUGGAUGAAGAGAUGAAUAAAGAUGACCAAUGCUUACCUGAAUUGUCUCAAUCUGUCUCAAGCAGUGAACCAACACCCAGUCAAAAUGACAUCUCAGUAAAGUGGCAGGGUAAAACAAAGAAAAUGGAACCUAGUCAGAAUGGAUCGGGAGAGGUAACAGAAUCUGAACUGAUUGCUGUAAAUGAGAGCAUAGUAUGUGAAAGUGCAUCUCAGUCUUUAUUGUAUGGAGAGAAAACGUCGCUGAUGAAUGAUGCUUUCAUGACAUCAGGAAUCAGUGAACAAAGUAUCCUGGGUGAGAAAGAUAAACUGUGCAAAGUUGAAGACAUUUCCUUGUCUACCUCUUUAACUGAGCCUCUUCUUGAGUCUACAGUGUUGGACACAACCCAGUCUCAACCCCAGACAGAGGUAGUGGAAGAUCUCGUAGACAAGAAGAAGUCUAGUGUCACAGAAAAAGUGCCGUUAGUGAAUAUGAAUGAUUCAAUGUCCUCAAAAUCUCCAUCCCCUUUGUCUUCUGUCUCAGAGAAUGUGACAAAACAGUCAAAAGACAGUGCAAGUCCCAGGAUUAAUGCUUCAGUGCAGAAGAGUGCCGCAGAUACGAAAAAAACGGAGAUAAAUUCUCAUACUGCUGAUAAAACUGACACAGAUAAACACAACACAAACAACAAAAAAUCCACCACUGAGUCUGAUACACACGACAAGGACAACAAAAAAUCCACCAGUCCAAAACCCACAAACGGGAAGACUGCCUCGCCUGCAAAGCAGGAAAGUCAUCAAAGCGAGCUUUCUAGGAAAGGCAGGGAGGAUGCACAUCACAAAGUCUCAUCCCCAAAAGACCGUCUUCUCAACAGGCAGACACAUCCUUCAGGUGGGAGUGACCAUGCCUUGGAUAAUGGCAUCCAUGGAUCUGAUUCCAACUCCUCAGGCUGUGAUAAUGCCAGUGAGGCAUCCAAUGACAGUGGUAGGGGACCGAGCAUGACAGACCUUCCCACUCCCAAUACCUCCCCUAAUCAGCAGCUGUACCAUUGUAACUUUCCAACUGCCAUCUGUGGACGACUGAUUGGAAAACAAGGGAAAAAUAUCAACUUCAUCAAGGAAAAGACAGGGGCAAAUAUUACCCUUAGUGCUAAUCCCUUCACACCCGAGUUUCAGCUCUGUAGUAUAGAAGGAACACAAAGGCAGAUAGAGGCGGCAGUUAGACAGAUUGGGCGGAAAUUUCCUGAUGUGGACCUGAGCCCUGUAAACAUUCCGUCUAGCGAUACCCCCCAAUCAGCUGUUUUGAUGCCUGAUAUUAUGCAGGUAAUGCCAGGCAUCUCUCAGUUGAACCUCCCUGAGGGGGUGUCAGUGGAUGUGGUGGUUUCCAGUAUUGUGGAUGCGGGCCAUAUCUUCAUCCAGCAGCCCACCCAUCCAUCUUUCCCCUCCCUGGAGCGCCUUAAUCAGUUCAUGAUUGCUUGCUACAUGCAGGAUGGUCUGGUGCCUCAGCUACCACGCCCCCUGGAAGUUGGUGUGAUAUGUGCAGCUCCGAUGCUUAAUGGUUGGUACAGAGCUCAGAUCUCUGCUGUUGGUGAAGAGUCGGAUGAAUGUGAUAUUAAAUAUGUGGAUUAUGGAGGAUUCUCACGAGUCCAAGGAAACACACUCCGUCAAAUCAGGAGUGAUUUUAUGACACUGCCUUUCCAAGCUUGUGAAUGUUAUAUGGCCAAUAUUACACCCCUUCAAGAUGAGGAUUACUUCAGUGCUGAGGCCGCUGCCAUUUUAGAGGAAUUAACCCAGGGCAAGAUGUUACAGGCCCAAGUAGUAGGACGAAGUGAAGAGGGCAUUCCCUAUGUUCAUAUCUACCAGAUUAAUGGUGAAAAGGUUACUUUUGUGAACCGAGAAUUGGUCAACAGAGGAGUAACAAGGUGGAUUGAAGUUUUAUCCUGAAAUCCUGCGAUCGGUCUCACCACAGCUUGCCGAGAUCAAACCAGCUGAAGCUUCUCCUGUUGCAUUUCCCAGAAUUCCCCUGAACUCGUGAACACUUGGAACAGCUUUUUUUCAACGUUGUGUUUUUUGGGCUCUCUUUUUUCGUAGAUAUUUGGGAAACACAUUGAGAUAAGAAUUAUUUUAUGGCUUGGCAGAAUGGUGGAUUUCUCUUGAAGGUGAAGCGGAUAGGAUACGGAAUUGUUGUGUUGGUUGAUGAGUCAUUUGUGUGUGUUUUGAUUGUAGAAUAUACAGAAACAGCCAAUAUUACCUUGAGCGGAGUACAUAUCACAAAAUUAUUUGAGCUUGAUCAUGGCCUGGGUUUAUGGAUGACAAAUCUAAUUUAAAUUUUUGAGCAUUGUGCAGAAGCCUGCUCAAAGAUUUUAAUUGUUUUUAUUCAGUGCAGGUGCAAAUUAUUUUAUUUGUAUUCAAAAUAGGUGCAUGUAUUUUCUGCUAUUUCUUUUUAUGGAUUGAGAAUGGAUGAAAAUAAACGAAAUUUCAAACUGAUGGACUGGUAUUUCCCCUUCUAAGUUUUCGUUUUCUAAAGAAAAACCUGGCACUAUUUUGUUGCACUCGGCGAUUUUUUUCAGUUACAUUAAUUUGCUUAAAGGUUUGGAAACUUACUGAGAGGUUUCAAAUAUUUGAGGGAGAGUUAAACAAAUCAGCAUACAUGUAUGUUUGUGGUUGAAUUUUUUGUGAUGGAAUAUAUUGAUUGCAAAAUUUCACAAAGCAUACAGUGGCUACCCUCUGGUUAUGUACACUUAUAUUAUUCGCAGACAAAAAUGUGGUUGUGAUGCAACUUGCAGUGUAUACCUUACAUUUUUUCUGUAAUAACUUGAAUGUUUAUAUCAAAUGAAAUAUAGAUACAUGUAGAUAUAGUUCAUCAGAAAUAUUUUUUUAUAUAUUAGUAACUCUAGUUUAUCAAAAAUAUAUUUUUUUUUAUCUUCAGUAACUCAUGGUUAGUACUAGUGAUGUACCGAUUAUCGCCGACUUUCGAUUGUCAUUCGCCAAAACUGAAACAAUAUGCAUAAUCGUUUGUCAAUUUGAAAAUUGGAAACUACCAACAUCGAUUAUUUUUUUUUAAUAAUACGCAUAUUCCUGCCGCGACUAAACUAAAAUCAAAAUUGGCUGACAAAGCUGAAUCAUCUGAUCCAAUAAGAUUGAAUAUUGUUUUAACGUCCCUCUUGAGAAUCUUUCACUUGUAUGGAGACAUCGCCAUUGCCGGUGAAGAGCUGCAAAAUUUAGGCCUAUGCUCGGCGCUUUAUCUUUGAGUAGAGAGGAAUCUUUAUUGUGCCACACCUGCUGUGACACAGGGCCUUGGAUUUUGCCUCUUACAACAAUCAAUGAGUAAUGAGGCUCUAUUCUAACCUGGGAUCCCAUAAGAACAACAACAAAAGUCGAGAGAUCUAUCCCUAUCCUGGGAAAACAAACUCGAAAGUAUGGGAUUAUUAACUUCAAAUUUCUAAUGAUUUUAGACGUCUCCAUAUGAGUGAAAAAUUCUCAAGAGAAUGGUUGAAAAAUGGCUUUAAAUGAGCUGGAAAGAAUUAUGCUGAGCUGUACAAUCUCUAACUAAUGCCAACCAAUUUCUGUGAUUUAUAGUGCAAAGUAUACUUUACAAUGGACCUUGCAAAAUUUGAUGCCAAAGACAUUGUUUUCUUUUGAUUUCUAUUAUAAUAGUUGAUCUAUGUAACACUGGAAUGCAAUUUAUAUAUUGAAGAUUAUCUGAAUAGUUUGAAUCAAAACAUCUUGCAUGGAUAUAAACAUUUUCUGUUUUAUUCUACAGUAGAUUGGAACAGAAUUUUAUCAACCUUCUCUUAAACUCUGUCACAGUAACCUCUUAAUUUAUGUAACUGAUUGAAAUCAUGAAAGGCAACUCCAUCAAGUUUGAGUGAAAUUAAGGAAAUAAUUAGGUUUGUCAUCCUUAAACUUUAGGACUUAGUAUCUCUGAUCCUGUGAUCCUUUCUGUGGCAUAUAAAGGCUGGAUGUUGUAUACCAGGUUGCCCCUAUUCAUUGCAUAGUUUUUAAGGGGAAAAAAUCCAAGUUCUAAAUAUUUUUUCUUUAAUUACUGGAGUUGACAAUCUACAAGUAUUAUAAUGUGUGCACUUUAUGAUUUGCUUAAGCUUAUACUGUGCUGAAUCGAAAUUCGGAAAGGAUGCAUAGAACAGAUGUACUGGUAUAUUUUGUUCAAACUUUCAGGUAUGUUUUAUUGAAAACAAUCCAUUUAUAUUUAUGUACAUAUUAUAUUAUUUUUUUUCUUUCAAUUAUAUUUUAUAUGUGUAUUUUAUAUCUAACAAAAAAAAAGGUUGUGUUGCAUUAAAUGAAAAUGUAGCCCAAUUCAAUUAAGGUAGCUCCAUCCUCAUGUGACUUAUCAAUAUUAAUGGUUAAAAGUGGAAAAACUUUAUUAAUUUCCACUCAAUAUAGUUUAAUUUAAUUAAUGACCAAAGAAAAUGUAUAUGUUGCCACCUUUUUAAAGAUGUUAGACAUACUAAAACAGAAGUAUACAUCAACAUCAGAAAAUCACACAUUUUCGUUAAACAGAAUAAUAAGAGUAGAGAAAAACUUGUUGAAAUGACAAAAUUUAAAUAUUAAGUUUUUUAAAAAAAACCUGCUAAUUCAUAAAUAUGUAUAGAUUAAUUGUGGAUAUUAGGGAAACCAAUGUGUAAUAGACAUCCAGUAGAGGAAAUUCCAGCAUAGGAGUUAUUGCCCUUGACAAAAAAUUUUAAAUCAUAAAUAAUUGAUUAUCUAUAAAAAUAUGAACUUUUUCAGUAUCAAUAGUCUACCAGAAUUUUUAUUAUACCCAGUGAAUAAAAUUUCUCAGAAAGAUAUAUUUCUAUCAUGCACAAAGUUUAAUUUAUUAAGAUUUUUGCAAAAACCUAUGACAUCACACGAGGAUCGAUCAACCUUAAAAGUAACUUUUUGUCUGACAAGUAACUUUUUUUUAUGGAUUUGAUCUGUUCUUUUCUUAGUUUGAAAUGUACACCAAUAGAACAAGGAGUUUUGCCAUAAUAAGUUGGUUGUUUUGAACAAGGUUUUCAAAUUCUGAGUUUUUUGUUUUCAUUUUUACUUACUUUUUUUCCCUAUGAGUUAUAAUGAAAGAAUGCAGCUGCCAGUUUACAUUGUUUUGUUUCUUCAGUCCAUAUUAUGAAUGGUGCAAGCACAUAAUCAUUUAUGUAAACUGUAUAUUAUUUAUUGGAACACUGCCUUUUGGUCUCAUGAGAUAUCCAUUGUAUUGUGUAGUAUUGGUCUGUGUAAUAUGUAACAAGUUACAAAGGGAUUGUUCGGGGAUUGAUAAAAUUCAUUAUUACAGAUUGGUUCUCAUUCCAAGGACCAAACCCAUUUGAUGAAAAUUUCAGUUUGAUUACCCACAAACCUGUAUAUUAUCAAAACAAAAUUGUUGGUUUUUUUUUUUUCUUCUUCAAAGAAAUGAAAAAUUUUGCAUCGUGUUUAAAACUACUUUCGUGUUAGUAUCCUGAAAGUGACUGCUUUGUGCAGGAAAAAUAGAAAUCAAAAGCUGCUAAAUUAUGAAUGACUGUUCAUAAUUAUUUUUGUCACGGUAUUGGAUUGCUAUUCAGGGUUUUUGGACUUUAAAAAAAAUUAUAAGCAUUCUAUGCCAUAACAAAAAAGGCAACAAAUAUAAAGUUUGUUCCCUUUGAGCAAUCAAAUGUAUACUAUAUAAUAGUAGUAUGAGGUUAGCACAUUAACUAGUAGGACACAGAUUUAGAUUUUUGGGAUUAUUUAUGUUUGUAUGGUCAGCUGUCAGUUGUUGCACAACAAGAAGUUAUAAUUUUAGACUUGAGAAUCGUCUGACUGUGUGUGAUAGUACUUAAUUGUGUAAAUGAACAUGUGAAGCAUGACAUUUUGUGAAAAUCAAAUGUUGUUUGUUGGUUAAACCACUUAUAGAUGUGACAUAUAUAUUCAUAUUCCAGAUGGUGUGUCUGUCUGUUUGUCCUUUGUUGUCAACUGGCAUGAUAGUGCUAUUCUAUUUCUAGAUCAGGUUGAAUUUGUUUAUCCCACUUCCAUCGUUUAUUUUGUUUAUUGCCAUGCUACAAAAUUGUGACAUAAUAAAAACAUUUUCAUGUAA